AAAAAUGUCAAAAUUCACUCAUUUGUCAUAAUUUACGUUUGUUCAUUUGAUAUACACUUUUUAUCACAAGAUUUUUACCACCUACUUUAUCUUCAAUGUCUCGCAUCCGGUCAAUUACAAUCUUCCGAAGUUUCUGGACAACCGGGUCAAAAGGUAGCCGAAAAUGCCCCGACUCCUCUUCUGGAGUAGAACUGCCCGACCACGGAGGAAAGUACAUAAUUUAUCAACGCUUGGCAUUAUUUCUUGGUCUUCCCAUAGUAAUCGGUUUAGGUAUCUUUACUUUUCUGGGCAAGGGGAAAGAAGAGCACGAACGGGAACCAUUUCAUGCGUAUCCGCAUAUGCGCAGACGUACUAAAAGUUUUCCCUGGGGAGACGGCAAGAAGACUCUGUUUCACAAUCCAAAAAUGAAUCCACUUCCCGAAGGAUAUGAAGAUGAAUAAUGUAAAGGCGCGCAUUGUGAUAAAUAAUUUUGGAACUUUCCUUUCAAAUUACAAUAGUUAUUUCUGAAAUAAUUAGUGGAUUUGUUACAAAUUAUAUAAUGAACCUAAGUGAGUGUUUCAUUUUGAAUAAAUAGAGAAAUAUAAACAAUACAAAUCAUAUAAGGAACCACUGCUAGGACCGCCUUUUUUUAUUUAUUUAUUUAUUUAUAAAUUUUCCUUUUUUAUUGAGUAAGUAUUUGUGUUACCCGUGUUACUAAACUACUACCACAUUUAACUCUUGAUUUUUAUUUUGUUUUAAUUUUUCUAUCUUCUGCUUGGUUCACUUGUCCUAGGUUUGAGAUUCUCUGUGAUUGAACCUACUAUAUAUCUCUAAAAUUAUAUUUUUUUUAUAAUUAUAAUAAGAGUAAUAAUAAAAUCUUUAUGUGGUUCUUUUACAAUGUUUCAAGUCAAACAAAAUACAUUGCAUAGGUACCUACCCGACUGGGGUGUAAAUCUCGUCAUAAUACAGGGUGUCCCAGCCGAGAGUGACCCAUUUUAAAUGCUUAUAACUUUUAAACCAGGUGAGCUAGCUACCUGCGGUUUGUGCCAUUCGAUUUCUCUUGGUCUAAAGUUUUUU